UCCGCAGCACCGCCUCUCCGCCAGCGCUGCCCUCUGCGAGCUGAACUUAUAUUUGCACUCUGGUGUCUUUUUUUGGGUCGGCUGAACGGCUUUGGAGCAGGAAUAAGAGAAACCCCGACUCGCCACAAUGGCAGCGCUUCUCCGCUCCCUUCUGAACAAGAAGGUGCCCCUCCAGAUGGGUCGCAUGUGUUACUCGUCCUCCUCAGCGCCCACCACCAAGCUGUUCAUUGAUGGCAAGUUUGUUGAUUCCAACAGCUCGGAAUGGCUCGACAUUCACAACCCCGCCACGAAUGAGGUGGUAGGACGUGUUCCCAAAGCGACCCAGGAGGAGAUGCUGGCGGCGGUGGACUCCUGCUCCAGAGCCUACCCGUCCUGGGCCGAGACCUCCAUCCUCAGCCGGCAGCAGGUCUUCCUGCGCUACCAGCAGCUCAUCAAGGAUAACAUCAAAGAACUGGCUAGAAUGAUCACCUUGGAGCAGGGGAAAACUCUUGCCGAUGCAGAGGGAGACGUAUUUCGAGGACUUCAGGUGGUGGAGCAUGCCUGCAGCAUUACGUCCCUCAUGCUGGGGGAGACGUUGCCCUCCAUCACCCGGGACAUGGACACUCACACCUACCGCCUGCCCAUCGGCGUGUGUGCCGGCAUCGCCCCGUUUAACUUCCCCGCCAUGAUCCCGCUGUGGAUGUUCCCCAUCGGGAUGGUGUGUGGCAACACCUACCUGAUGAAGCCCUCUGAGCGCGUCCCAGGGUGCACCAUGUUCCUGGCCAAACUGCUGCAGGACGCCGGAGCGCCGGACGGCACGCUGAACAUCAUCCACGGCCAGCACGACGUGGUGAACUUCAUCUGUGACCACCCGGCCAUCAAAGCCAUCAGCUUCGUGGGCUCCAACCCGGCCGGAGAGCACAUCUACGAGCGGGGGUCCAAACACGGCAAGAGGGUGCAGUCCAACAUGGGUGCCAAGAACCACGGUGUGGUGAUGCCCGAUGCCAACAAAGAGAACACCAUCAACCAGCUGGUGGGCGCUGCCUUCGGAGCCGCUGGCCAGCGCUGCAUGGCUCUCUCCACGGCCAUUUUUGUCGGGGACUCUAUCGAUUGGCUGCCGGAGCUGGUGGAGCGCUCCAAGUCACUGCGCGUCAACGCAGGAGAUCAGCCGGGGGCGGAUGUGGGUCCCCUGAUCUCGCCUGAAGCCAAGGCCCGGGUGGAGUCUUUGAUCCAGAGUGGGGUGGAUGAGGGCGCCAAGAUUCUGCUGGAUGGGCGAAAUGUCAACGUCAAAGGAUUCGAAAAUGGAAACUUUGUUGGACCCACCAUCCUGAGCGGCGUCAGGCCGGACAUGAAGUGUUACACAGAGGAGAUCUUUGGACCGGUGCUCAUCGUCCUGGAGGCCGGCAAUCUGGACGAAGCCAUAGCUUUAAUCAACAACAACCCGUACGGCAACGGCACCGCCAUCUUCACCACCAACGGAGCCACGGCACGCAAAUACACGCACGAGGUGGACGUUGGCCAGAUCGGCGUGAACGUGCCCAUCCCCGUCCCCCUGCCCAUGUUCUCCUUCACCGGCUCCAGAGGCUCCUUCAGAGGAGACACCAACUUCUACGGCAAGCAGGGCAUCCAGUUCUACACUCAGAUCAAGACCGUGACCUCGCAGUGGAAGGUCGAGGACGCCACCGUGACGAGCCCGGCCGUUACCAUGCCAACCAUGGGACGCUAAACCGACCGCACAUCCAGCACGACCUUGAGAGAGACGUCUCGUAUGCCUUAAGAUGCAGCCCAUGAAGCGGGGGAGGGGGGGUUACAUGUCCUUUUCAUUAGAUAUAGUUACACUGCGUGAUUAUUAGUUGGUGAUGUCUUUUAUUUUAAUCUUCAGCCAUUUUUAACAAUGCACAAAUGCAAGCAAACUACACCUCAUUGGGAGAUGAGCUGGACUGAUGCAAUGAACGGGGCGUGUUGUGUUUUGCACCCGUUUCCCCUCCUGUCCGGACCGCUCGCACUACGGAUGUCAGCCAGAGCCCGUAUUUGCAUCAUCAGUCGCAUUUCUUUAAACCGACAGUAGAAUUCAAAAGUAUCAGGGAUUUUAUCUUUGAGGCAAUGACCCCCACACGUCUUCCACCAUUAUCCUGUCUUUUCUUUUUUUUGUAGCUUGUUCUGUUUGUCAGUGUUGUCGAGAUACUGGCAAAGAAAAUAUAAAUGGUACAGAUGCUAUCUUGGAACAAUAACACACCUUUAACUGAUCUAAUGGUUGUAUUUCUUGUCUCUAAAUGUAUUAUAUAUCCUACUGUCCCGGUGUGGAUGUCAGAGACAGGCGCAAGGGUUUUGUAUUGUCGGGAGUGAGUCUUUUAUUCUCGUCAUGAAUGGAAUACAAGUUAAUUUGCUGUAUUUUUACAUGACAUUGACAUUCUCUAUAAACCAUCACGAUGACACAGUAUGCCGAAAACAUUUCCAUUAAAAUUAUGAGCUACGUAAUAUUUAGUAACCUAGGCUGUUUGUGAUUGAUGAUUAAGAGAUGACAUGGUUGUAAUUCCCUGUUUGAAUUAAAUUUGAUUAAAUGGAGUUCAGAUUUGG